AUGGUGAUUGGUAGUGGCAGAAAUACUUCAAUUUGGUCAGACCCAUGGAUCCCAAGAAUUGUAAACUUCACUCCUGCUAAAGCUUUCACAUCAGACUCUCAAAGACUUAAGAAGGCCAGUGAUUUAUGCUUUGGUUGGAGACGGCUAGGAAUUUUCAUUCAGUUGUCGCCUCUAUCCUCUAGCAUUUUUCCAGAUUGCUUAGCUUCUUUGAGUUCGUUCCCUGCUCUGGCUUUUGAGUUCUCUGUUGUUGGAUUGACCCGGCUGGUGGCCGAUCGAGUUGAAAAACUUCCGGUCCUCUGCGAGACUGCAAGAGUGAACGACGCAUUUUCCAUCCGGCGAUUGCGAAAAACGGGGAAGCUAGACCUUCGGGCUUCGAGGAUUGAGCAGCGGGCGACAAUCGGCAAGUCCGCGGGGCCGAGAGUUAAUUUAAUUUUGGUUUCAAUCAUAAUAGAAGGUCAAGGUACGAAGAAAAGAAAGACUAUCAAUUCGUUCUUUAAGCCAAAAGAGCAUACGUCGACAAGCGGAGAUCGUCUUCUAAUGAUGAUGUUGUCGCCUCUAUUGAUAUGA